AUGCUCAAGCCGUCUCCUCGUACGCUUUGGGGCUGGCCGCUCUCUCGGCUAUCCCCUCGUCGCCUAAUCCUGCUGUCUCUAUUUGCGCUCCUCCUGAUUGGCAGCCUGACGUGGGCCCUUCCAGCCUCACCGGGCCCUUCUGCAUACGAGCACAACAUCUCUCUCCCUCGCCCUCGCCCUAGUGACGCGCCUCCUAGGGAACCCGAAGUCUCCCGCCCAUCACAGUCGUCACAGUCACCGCCGCCGCAAAAGGGCAGCGGAUACAAUGGCUCGUAUUGGUUGGCCGACGAGAGAGGGCUCUCGACCGCCUAUUCUAGCGCCAUCACGCUUGAUAAUGAGCGGAUCUUGCUUCCGCCGCUAAAGGCCCGACGGCCGAUCUAUUGUUAUCAUGCUACAACCAUGAAGAAAACAAAAGACGAAAGAGAUGCCGAACAAGAGCUGCUGCUGACAUGGCGCCGUGCUUGGUGGGCGCAAGGGUUCCGUCCGGUUAUCCUGGGUGCCGCCGAAGCCAAAAGCAAUCCUAUUUAUCAGCAAGUGCGGGAAAUGGCAGCAUCGUCUGAGCUGAGGGAAGAUCUCAUGAGAUGGCUCGCUUGGGACACUGUCAAUGGAGGCAUCUUAUCGGAAUUCACAGUCCUCCCCACGGUUCCUCGACAGGAUUCGCUCCUACUGCUCCUGCGACAAGGAGAAUACGCCAACUUGACGAAGUGGGCGGAUUUGGACGACGCAUUUCUCGUUGGACAAGAAGCCGAUGUUCGACUGGCAGUCCAGUCCAUUCUGCAGAAAGAAGGUAUAGACCAAGUGACAAGUGUCACUGCGGCUCUUUCAGAUGAUGCCAUCACAGUAGACGGGACAAAAACACCGCUUGCUUACUACAGCUCCAAGGUCAUCGACAACAAGUAUGCCCAAGUAAUCAGCAAAGGACGCAGGGCGGAAACUCUCCGCAAUCUGAACAAGCUCAUCAACUAUCAUCUUCUAGUUGCCUGGCAGAAUACCUUUCCCGAUGGCAUCGAGAUCGUCAAGCCACACCCGCAGCAUGCGACAGCUAUGCUGGCCGGCGCCUUGAAGCUUGCCAAGUCUCUGUCCUCUUGUCCUGCAUCUCCAAUGCCAUCCACAUGCCCUCCUAAUCUACCUCAUUGCUUUCCCUGCGUGGCGUCGCCCAUGGCCGUUUCUACUCCUUCACGUCUUCGCAAGUCUCCUCAGGUUUUUACAAUUGGCGUUGUCCCGCAUCCAUGGUCCUUUGCAUUGGUAGAUAAUCUUCGGGAGUCUAUCAACGUCACCUGGAUCCUAGAUUCACCCCGGGAUCCGUGGCUCAGUGCUGUCACCCUAGCGUAUCUUGGUUCUGGAGUGUCUUCGCAUCGCAGAGUUGUGCGAUUUAAAGAGCUUGUGGCUGACGAGGCUGACUCGGUUCGCUCUCUGUGGCUUUUAGCAGAGGAUGAAGUGCCUGGUGAUAUGGACUGGUAUUUUGGAUUCACCUUGCCCGAAAAGUCCAUGAGUGAUGGGAAAUCUCGGAGUCCCGUUCCCGCUGAUCGCUUGCCGAAAGAAGAUGAGGAGCCAGACCGGGUCAAUGGACCUGUUGCUUCGGACGAAGAGGUCGCCCGUGAGCGAGCUAUACUUGACAGAGCAAAGAGCGUCAUCAUGAUGAACAAGCCAUCGAACAACAGGACCAAAUCACGAGCCUCGCUCGAGGCCUGGAAUAUGGCCGAUACAGAAGCCUGGCGGUUCACAAGAGCCUUCAACGCGCGACGCUUCUUGGAGCGUGAAGAGUGGCAAAAGGAGACAUUGUCAACGUCUGGGAUCGAAAGCAGCCUCAGAGCCCACGACUAA